AGUGAGGGCGGUUUGAGCCCCGGAGCCGGAGCUCCUCCUGUUUCUCUGUGUGGUUUUACUUUGAGUGUCGUGAAACAAGGAAACUGACUGAGAAGCUCCGGACAUCAUCGACCUGACAUCAGGGAGGGAAACACCGAAGUCUUCCCGGGAGAAGAGAGAGCAGCAGCAGCAGCAGCAGCAGCAGCAGCAGCGUGUGGAGUCCAGUGAGCUGCCGGUCAACUAAACGUAUUCUCAGGGGGAUGGUGGUUCCAUAUGAAGGCCAGUCUUUCUCUGCACUGAGGAGGCAGUGCCAACAGAAUGGAGCUCUGUUUGAAGACCCUCUGUUUCCCACGUCUGACCAGUCUUUGUUCUACCAGAGCAACCGCAUCGGCCGGGUCACCUGGAAAAGGCCUAAGGAGUUGAGCAGCGACCCCCAUCUGUUUGUGGAUGGCAUCAGUGCCCACGACCUGCACCAGGGCCAGCUGGGAAACUGCUGGUUCGUAGCCGCCUGCUCCAGCCUGGCUUCCAGGGAGGCACUGUGGCAGAAGGUGAUUCCUGACUGGAAGGACCAGGAGUGGGAUAAAGAAAAACCGGAGUCAUACGCCGGGAUCUUCCACUUCCAGUUCUGGCGGUUUGGUGAGUGGGUGGACGUGGUGAUCGAUGACCGGCUGCCCACGGUGAACGGAGAGCUGGUGUACUGCCACUCCAAUGACAGCAACGAGUUCUGGAGCGCACUGGUGGAGAAGGCCUACGCCAAGAUGUGUGGAUGCUACGAGGCGCUGGAUGGGGGCAACACGGCCGACGCCCUCGUGGAUUUCACCGGGGGCGUGUCGGAGCCAAUGGACUUGGAGGAGAACGGCUUCAAAGACGAUGAAGAGAAACGCAACGAGCUGUUUGAGAGAGUACUGAAAGUGCACAACAGAGGAGGCCUCAUCAGCUGCUCCAUCCGGGCAACCAGUGCAGCUGACAUGGAGGCCAGGCUGGACUGCGGCCUGGUGAAGGGUCAUGCCUACGCGGUGACGGACGUCCGCAGGGUGAGGCUGGGCCACGGCCUGUUGGCCUACUUCAGGUCCGACAAACUCACCAUGAUACGCAUGAGGAACCCCUGGGGACAGAGAGAGUGGAACGGGCCCUGGAGCGACAGCUCUGAGGAGUGGCAGAAGGUCAGUGAGAGGGAGAGGGAGAGGCUGGGUGUCACCGUGCAGGAUGACGGAGAGUUCUGGAUGACAUUUGAUGAUUUUAUCACUAACUUCACAGACCUCAUCCUGUGUCGUCUCAUCAAUACAUCCUACCUGAGUCUCCAUAAGACCUGGGAGGAAGCUGUGAUGCGCGGCUCCUGGCGUCGCCAUGACGACCCACUUCUCAACCGAGCCGGGGGCUGCACCAACAACAAGCAGUCCUUCCUCCAGAACCCACAGUACGUGUUCGAUGUGAAGAAGCCGGAGGACGAGAUCUUGAUCUGUCUGCAGCAGAAAGACCGCAGAGCCAGACUGAGAGAGGGGCGAGGAGAAAACCUGGCUAUUGGCUUCGACAUCCACAGAGUGGAGUUGAACAGGACGUACCGUAUGCAUGUCACCCAGCAGAAGGUUGGUGGGAGCAUCUACAUCAACUCAAGGUCUGUGUUCCUACGCAUCGAGCUGCCAGAGGGCCGCUACGUCAUCAUACCCACGACCUUUGACCCCGGCCUGGAGGGAGACUUCCUGCUCCGCAUCUUCUCUGACGUGUCGUCAGACUGCAAGGAGCUGACUGUAGACGAGCCUCCACAGACCUGCUGGUCAGGGUUGUGUGGUUAUCCCUCUCUGGUCACUCAGGUCCACAUACUGAGGGCUGACGGACUCGCAGGUCAAGACUCUGAUGGAGUGUCAGACCCCUACGUGAUCAUUCGCUGUGAAGGAGUGAAGGUUCGCUCUCCGGUCCAUAAAAACACACGCAGCCCCGUCUUCGACACCAAGGGGCUCUUCUACAGGAAGAAAGCCAAACAACCAAUCACCAUUGAGAUCUACAACCAUAACGUGUUGAUGGACUCCUUCCUGGGUCAGGUGACGUUGCCAGCUGAGCAAGGUGAAUUCCAGCAGACGCUCCACCUGAGGGACAAGGGCAAUCGCCGUGACAACGACCUCCCUGGUACCCUCACCGUCGCCAUACUGAGCAACACUUCGCUCACCAACAUCUGAGACAGGCUACCAAACCGUCCGAUCAGGGCAGAUUCAGCUGAACCAAAGUUUACCAAAUGACCAGUUUACCACUAAGUCUUUACCUGUGAGUCUUUACCUGUGAGUCUUUACCUGUGAGUCUUUACCUGUGAGGUCAAACGUUCAGCCUGAACACAGGGUUUACAUUUUACAGAGUUACUAUAGAAAACGACAUGUGCAGCAGGAGGUCUGCAGACAUCAUCAGAGGAAGUAAUGCCAAAUACAAACGCAACAAACCUAAUUCUUCUCCAGUUUCAUGCCCAUCAAUGUGUGUUUGCGAAAUGAUUUACAGCGCCUGUACUGUGUGUCUGAAUAUCCUGAAAACAUGAAAUUGUUAUUUCUACCAGUUUAUAAACAUUGUUUACAGUUCUUUAGAUGACCUAUUCUUCUGAUUUGACCUUGUAACUUCUUCUAAGUCCUGUUGACGUAUGUGUCUCUUUUUAUACUGUCUUUUCUAUCUAGUCUCAGUGCUUUUUAUGUUGAAAUAAGCUCUUACAGAUAAACUUUCCUUGCCAAGUAGCAGAACACUGUGUUUAAACACAGCAAGCUACUGGCAGAAAUCUUCUAGUGUGUCAUUAGCUCCAUUAAAUACACUCAGCUGGCAGUUUAUCAGCUACACCUAACUACACCUAUGCAGUCUAAUACAUAAUGUUCAGUUUGUGUUGAAAGGGUUUUAAGGAGGUGGUGAUUUAACUGUAUGGUGAUUGUGGAGGCUGCAGUAUGUGGUGUUGUUGAACUGUACAGCAUUAUACAGUAUCUGUCAUUUAUCCUGCCCCCACUCAUAUAAAUGAGGUGAACUGGUUGACCACUGACCGCAUCACUGAUCAUCAUCAACGUCACGUUAAGACAGUCAUAAGAAGUCAUGGUUUUCUAUUUGAUUUUAACAAAAGACUUUCUAAAACAUCUCUAGUACCUUUGUUCCAUAACACUGGUGUUACAUGAAACUUUAAAUAAGUAGGUUAUUUUUUUUAACUGCUCAAUCCAUCCAUUCAUUUAUCAUUCCAGUUUCUGCUACUCAUCCAGGUCGUGUUUAAUUUUCAAUUACUGAUAUUAUUAGAAAUAUACAGCUGUAAGAGAGUGACAAAUAUGUCAUUUGGCCUUGGUAAAUAUUUCUAGGCCACAUUGUCCCGACUGGGUUUCACUGACAUCUUUCGCACUUUUGUUGGAGUGAUGGUAAAACAGUUAUUAUGUUUUAUGUGGUAUUUAACCCAGUGAGCCCUGCAGAAACCCUGCUGAGACAUUUUACAUCAAAUUUUAACUUAAAUUUUUAAUUUUGUCAUCCCCCAAAAAGAAAGCAAAUACUCUUAUUUGACACCAGGGUGAAAAUGUUCAGCCGCCCUCUCUAUUUCAAAUGUGUUGCACCUCUGUCUGACCAAACCCACGUUUAUUUGUCUUCAUUAAAAUAUGUUGAUUAAUUUCUUUCCAAUUGUGUUGGACUGGUUGUUAGUGUUUGAUUAAUUAAUGUCUCUAUUUGUACUUUUCUCUUUGAUAAAUUCUUUCGUUUUACCCAUUCAGUGUUUUCUAUUUACUGGUUUCUAUGGUUUUCUAUUUUUUCCUCUGUCACAGUCUGAGUUUGUUGUCUGAUGAGCUCUUUUAAUAAACUUAGUGCUGACAGUG